AUGAGCACGGCCACGGCCACCAGCGUCGAUGCUGCAAAUGGCGCCGCGACCAACGGAAAUGCCAGCAAACGUCGCAAUGGCAAAGCAGCUCCCGACCUGGUCGAGGCGGAACCUAAAGACGCGACCACUAUUGAGAAGCUCAGAUCUUCGACCCAGAAGAAGUAUCGCCAUGUAGCAGCCGUGCACUCCAAGAGCCGCCCGUCGUGUUUGAGUCACGAUUCCGAUGCCACACCUAGCUUUAUCGGCUUUCGCAAUUUGAUGGUUAUUGUUCUUGUUGUUGGCAAUGUGCGAUUGAUGAUUGAGAACUUGAAGAAGUAUGGCGUGUUGAUAUGCCUUCGAUGCCACUCGUACAAGAAUGAAGACGUCCUCAUCGGCGGACUUCUCUACUUUCUCAUUCCCUGCCAUUUAUUGGUCGCUUACUUGAUUGAGCUUGCUGCAGCCAAACAAGCUCGCGGAUCACGAAAGCGUCUCAAGCCUGGCUCGUCUGGUCCGUCAGAGCAGGACAAGAAGCAGUUUCAUUCGACAUGGGUUCUGGUUGCAUGGGCUCAUGCCAUCAACAUGACACUCGCUUUCUCCAUCACAACCUUUGUGGUAUACUUUUACGUUCAUCACCCUCUUGUCGGAACCCUGACGGAGAUGCACGCCGUUAUUGUCUCGCUCAAGACGGCCUCGUACGCAUUCACGAACCGAGAUCUUCGCCACGCGUACCUGCACCCCGUUAAAGGAGAGCUUAUCCCCGAAUUGUACUUGCAAUGCCCGUACCCGAACAACAUUACCUUUGGCAACCUCGUCUACUUUUGGUGGGCGCCCACGCUAGUAUACCAGCCAGUAUACCCGCGCACCGACAAGAUCAGAUGGGUGUUUGUGUUUAAGAGACUCGGCGAAGUCUGCUGCCUGAGCGCCUUCAUCUGGUUCGCCAGCUUCCAGUACGCUGCGCCCGUUCUACAGAAUUCCCUCGACAAGAUUGCCUCGCUGGACUUUAUCAUGAUCCUGGAACGCCUUUUGAAGCUGUCGACUAUUUCGCUUGUUAUUUGGCUGGCAGGAUUCUUUGCCCUCUUCCAAUCGUUCUUGAACGCACUGGCUGAGGUGCUACGAUUCGGCGAUCGAUCAUUUUAUGACGACUGGUGGAACAGCGAGAGCCUCGGGGCGUACUGGAGAACGUGGAACAAGCCCGUGUACACUUAUUUCAAGCGUCACGUCUAUGUUCCCAUGAUUGGACGCGGAUGGAGCCCCUGGGCCGCCAGCUGCACCGUUUUCUUUGUCUCUGCUGUACUGCACGAGGUUCUUGUUGGUGUUCCCACCCACAACAUUAUUGGUGUCGCGUUUCUAGGCAUGUUCCUGCAGCUGCCGCUCAUCGCGCUCACAGCACCCAUGGAGAAGAUGAAAUGGGGACACACAGGCCGUGUCAUGGGCAACGUGAUCUUUUGGGUGUCCUUCACCAUCUUUGGCCAGCCGUUCGCAGCCUUGAUGUAUUUUUACGCAUGGCAAGCCAAGUACGGCAGUGUCAGCAGACAGCCCAUCCUUGUAGCGCAGGCAUAG